AGAAGGCUGAUUUAGUAUGCAGUACACCUGCGGGGACAGGCUAGCAACCCUAUGCUGAAAGAAGACACAUUUGAUAUGCUGGAGACAGGUAUACACUCACCGACCAGGGCCCAGCAUGGAGGGGAUAUCCCCACUGACGGGUAGAGGGAACAUGUCAUCUUCAGAGACUCAGGUAGGCAUUGGCUGGGAAAGCCUGGCACAUGGUGGGUAGCAUGGCCUCCUGCGUUAGGUUUAGAGAAGAAACUCUCUAAAGUAAAAGGUACUGGGACGCUCACAAGGCCAGGAAUGGGAUCGAGAAGACCAUGGCAGAGAGCCAGCUCCAAGAACCCGGCUGUGCCCCUCCUCUGGGCUCCAUCAGCACCCUGAGCCUGGGAACCACGCUGUAAGUGCGAUUCUCCUGAUGGCCCGUCAGCCCCAUUAGUGAUGAGUUCCUGAGGGCGGGGACCGUGUCAAGUGUCUUUGUGCUCCUGGUGCCUGGCAGGGUGCUUGGCACGUAGUCAGGGCUCAGUAAACACGUGCUGAGUGCACAGGGGACUUGCUGUGGAGUCCCCUGAAUGGUGACCCAGAGCUCCUUGCUAAGACCCAGCCAGGCCCUGCCCAUGGGCGGUGGGGCUGAGACCCAGGCAGGCCCCGGGAUUCCCAGCUCUCUGCAUGGAUGGUUGUUGUCACAUUUUUUAGAGGAUUAGGGGCACAAGAGGGGGGUCAUUUUGUCUUAAUAAUUAGAUAGAAAUAAAUUAAUGCUGUGUUUAGGGAGUCUCGGCAAACGACAGUGGCCUGCUUCAGUGUUCGAUUCCGUCCAAGUUGUCGUUCCUUAGGGAGCAAUUUUCACACGAGUUUUUGCCACUCAGAGGAGCGACGUCAGUGACAUCUCCUUCCUCAGCUUCAAGUGGGAGCCCAGGGCCCAGAGUGUUCUUCUCAAAGCCUUUGUCUGUCACGUGGCCCAGGGACCUCACCCCGCCCCCCGCAGAGCCCUGUGGAGAGGAGCAGGGGGAGGAGCAGGGUGCUGCCCGUGGCCCUGAAGGGAGAAGGCCGGGGUGGGCCAGGGUAGGCUUGUGGGUUCAGUCCCUGAGCAGGGGGGCAGGCCUGCUGGAGAAAGGUCUCCUUGCAGAACCAGCAUAUGGGUGACGAGCAAUCAACCUCUUGUGAGGAAAAGGCCAUCACUGAGGGGUCCUCAAGCAAAAGACAGUAUCUGUCUGGUGUUUGGCUACAAAAGAACCAGCCAAGCGAAAGCCCUCAUUGUAAAAAAAUCAUGCAGGACUUGAAUAGACAGGCAUCAGAUCCCCCCUUUUUUAUUGCCACUAAUUAAAAUGACCAACUCUAAGAAUCCUCGAGGUGUCACCACACAGAAGUCCCCGACAUUUCCCCAGGAAACGUGCUGGUGGGUCACCAGCCAGGAGUUACUGCUGCACAUGUGAGAGUUUCCAAAGACCUACAAUUAGCAGGAACGUGCAGCCGUCUCUGUCCAUCAGUCAGGUUCUCGGUUGCAAAAGGAAUCCACAGGAGCUGGUUUAAUUGCUGGGAGGGCUGGAGAGACAGGCUGGGCUCCCGGCUUCCAGGACAGCGUUCAGCCCCACAUCGGGGGACUGGCUGAUUCAGAGCCAGGGCUCUGCCCCACCUGCACCUGCAAACAGGAGACUUGGGCAGAAUUUCCCCCCGGCGAGAUGGGGAGCUGAAUGAAACCCAGUGUUACCAGCAGCCUAUCCAAGUGGAUCUUUUUCUUGGCUUUGUUAAACCUGAACUAAAUCAGAACAGCCAAGUAUUUCGGCAUGAAAUGCAAGAUGAACAUGGAAUCCACUGAAUUCAAGAUCCAGAAAACCAGGCAGCCUGUUUAUGUGCCUUCUACAAGGUUUUUGCCAACAGGGGAAAAAAAUCCAGAGCCCUGUUGAGAGCUCAGGCAUGUCACAAGGAGGAAGAAGCAAACCUGUAGGAGCUGCCUAACUUCUUGGUCUUUAAACGCGCCAAGGUUUCCCCCACUUGCAACUCAGCGGGAACCUUCCAGGCUGGUCCGAUCUGGUCGCCUGUGCUAGGAGCUGUCCUCACCCUGACCGCCUCCACAGUGGUUCUCAGAACCUGCGUCUGGCUCCUCUGUUUGGAGGCUGGUGUAAACAGCCUGCUCCAGAUCCUUGACCUCGCCACCUGACCCUGGGCUCUACCAGCUUCCUCGCUUUCAUCACCACCCGCAGCUCCAGGGGAGAAAGGCUUUCCCCAGCCUGGCCCCAGAACUCCUACUGAGAGAAACGGACUCCUUCCGGGCCAUUCUUCAUGUGGACUCAGCUCUGAGAUACUCAUGGUCCCAGGGGCAGAAUGGCUAAGAGAAGGAAGAAAGUCAGAUGUGAAAAAGGCUCUGGCCAGGCUGCUCCCCACCCCCACCCCAGGGGGCCAACCAGGGGCCAGUGUCUCCAGGUUCCGGAAAUCUCUGGUCCAGUCUGGGUUGUUGUCCAUGUCUGGUGGUGGGGCCCAGCAGUAGGCGUCCCCAGGCAGGGGUCAUGCUCAGGGGCUUCAUGGGACUAGACACAAAGGCUCAUCUGAGGUAGGUUUUGGGUUCUUAGCCAAGAGGACAGCAGCAGGGCCCAGCCCCGGGAAGAGGCUGGCAAAGGUCAGGUCCCAGUGCUGCUCGGAGGGCUUACAACAGCCAGGGAAGCUUCAGACCAGACCCACACCUGAUGCCUGCAGGAGGGAAGGGAGCUGUGCAUGCCCUUCUCCAGAAUGGAACUGGGGCAGACUGGGCCUGGGGCAGACUGAGACAGACCCAGACUGUGACACACUGGGGCUGUUGUGCUGCAAAGCCCCGGACAGACAGGCUCAUUAUCACAGUCUCUGUCACGACAUCUCACCCACUGGCCAUUCAGGUGACAAAGAGGUAGAUCCCUAACCCGAACUCUGCCAGUUCACAUUUAGCUAGGAGAUUUAUCUCAGCUCGAGAAUCUGGUGUGAUCUUCCCUUUCAGUUGGCUGCCUCCCUCUUGUACCAAAAACAGAAGAACUCUAAGCCAAGUUCUCUUACGUGAGGACUUGUUAAAGUGAAAUAGGAAAAAUGAGAUGCACUAGGAAGGUAUGGCGGAGAUUGCCUACAGGCUCCUUCAACUUACUUCCUCUUAUUCUUGGGAGAAACUUGGCCACACAUCCCAGCAUCCUUCCUGGUCAGGUGUGGCCUUGUGGUUGGUUGUAGCCAAAGAAAUAUGAGUGGGAGUGAGGCAGGCUGCUCCCAGGACUAACCCAUGGAAUCCUCCCGUUUGUGUUUGUUGGUUGGUUGGUUUUAAUUAUUUUAUUCUUUGAUGGAGGUACUGGGGAUUGAACCCAGGACCUUAUACCUGCUAAGCAUGAGCUCUACCACUGAGCUUUACCUCCCCCAGAAUCCUCCCAUUUGUGACCCUCCAGGGACACCACAGUCCCCCAGCAAGGGCAGCCCAGACAGGCUACUACCCUAGUUUUGCUGCACCAGCUUCAGUGAUAAAUGGGAAUUUGGAGGUGUGAGAGGUGGACAGGAGGCCAGGGACCAGGAUAGCAAUUGUAGACAGCCUCGGAGCUGGGAAGCCAAAAGAGGCAGGAGUGUGCCAUCCUCUAUUUGGACUCCAUCCAAAGAGGAUAAAGGGACACCAGCCAAGUAAGGGGCCCCAGGAGCCGUAUUUGGCAGGAACAGGGCAGCCUCUGAUGGCUGGUGACUCCUGCUUUAUCUCACACGGCAGGCUGCUCCAUAAGAGCCGGCUGCGGGAGUAGUGACAGUUUCCCUUGGGUCCUGGGAGGCCCUGGCAAGUACGCCUCCGUCGUGGUGAGCACAUGGGAGGAAAAAGCCUGAUAUCCUCAAACAAAGCCUUUGCUCUGACUUUUCACUUAUCAUUAGCUGUAUUGACAUAGCUGGAAAUUUACCAUAACUGUUCAGAAUAUCAUGUUUUGUUCCUGAAAUAGAGGUACUAGAAGUUCUCACAACAGAAACUGGAUGUGACUGUUCCAUAGAAAAAACCGGAACUAUGAUUCUAGCCAAGGUCUGAUACACUAUUUAUAGGAGUGAUCAGAAAUUGCCUGGUAACCCAUGUGUCACUGAUGCCUGAGCCCUGCACAGUGGAGAGGUAAGGUGUCUAUGAAUCAGUUAUGUGGGACAACGUGGUCAUGUGAGAGGUUCCCCAGGGCUAGGAACCAGACAGCCCCCUGGAGGAGGACAGCACCAGACUCUGCAGCAGGUCAGCGGGGUGCUCCAGGAGCAAAUCGUCUAGAUGACGUGUGUGAGCCAUGUCUCACGAGGUUGACCGGAGACCAUGGCAGUCACGAUUCUGGGCACCUUUGUGAAAUGUUCCACCCUGAUCAAAGGGCAUUAGAACACUGGGCCCCUCAGCACGGUUCUCUUCACCUUCUCUAGGCCUGGAUGUGAGUUGUGGCUGAGCCCCAGCUGCAUUGGAGUUCAGACCCUGGAAGUCUGUACCCUGGGAAUCACAAGAUGCCAAACGCAGAGGCCUAAGUCCAUCUUCAAUCCCCCUCCCUCUUCCCCUGCCUCCCCAUGCAGCACUGUCUUCAUGAAACUGAAAAACCAGGACCCUUGUAAAGAAAAGGAAAUCCAAAUGCCAUCAACUUGGAGAGUAGAGACACGGGGCUGUUUCUGUCUCUCCACUGGGCAUCUCCCUUCCCCAGACUUCACUGGACAUCGGAGGGCUUUACGCUCCUUGUCCUGGGCCCGCGGAUUUCGCCGUGAAGGCGGGUGAGGGAGAGCAUACCUGGCGUUCUCCAGGUAAGAACGGCCCCAUCGCCUGCCUGUAAUGACGUUACACCAGCAAUAACCAGAUCGCAGCGCUGCUCCCACCUAGGGCCUGGUGCAGUUGCAAAGUUUUAGAGAAGAAAAUAACAGACUCAUUUAUUUAGGUUCAUUAAGCAUAUUCCUAGCCCUUCCAGAACAUCCUGGUGACAACAGUGGUUAUCUGGGGGCACACGUACAAGGCACAUGCCUGGAGCUGUGGGUCUGUUGUUAAAUUUCUGUCCAAAUGAUGAUGUGUGCGUGUGCAUGUGUGUAUAAUUUUCUACUUUACAAAGCAGUUUCACAAUGAGACCUUGAUUUCUUUUACACUCAGUUUCCUGCUCUGUAGGCCGGGGGCUCACGUGACAGGCUUGGCUAAGAGGAGGCUCAUUUAACAACCGCUCCGCCGAGAACAGAAUAGUUUGCUGCAGAUCCAGGAGGAGCUCAACUCGAAACAAGGAGGCAAUGGUGCCCAUUCUCAUGGGGCUGGUGAACGUGGAGGAGGAGGCAGUCACCUUCACGGCAGUUCCCUGAGCAAGCCUGUGGGGUCCUGUGAUGUGGCCAGCGGAUCUGGGAGAACUGAGCACAGUGGUCCAAGGAUCUUAGCAUUCCAACCCCUCAUUUACGAGGGGGAGAGGAGCCUGGGAAACUCCCCACCACUCCCCUCCCUCCCUCCACAACUGAACAGUAACAGACAUUCUCCUUUGGUUGUGAUGGGGUGAGACUGAGGGCUGUCAUCAGGAUGGGGGCUGCAGAAUAAAUGUAAAACAGGAAAUGCAUCAGAAAUGCUGCAGGUGGCUCCAAGGAAGUUCCAGUGCUCAGCGCCUCCGGGAAGGGCAGGCACAGGUGUAGGAAGUGGGAGGGUGAGUGUGAUAAGUCAGGUCUGGGUGCAGGCGCAGACUUCACGUGCAACUUGCAUCCUUUCCUGUGCUCCUGUGCUGUCUGUUCAAGGAACUUCUGGGUUGGCCUUUUCUGUAGUAAGUAGUAGUUGAAAUGAGAGAGAAGAAGGGAAUGGAAUGCCAGGGUUAAGAGCAAAGAAAAAAUUAAGCUUGCUAACCCAGGUGCUGAAUGAUGUUAGGUCCCAGGGGAGGCCCCGCUUCUUUGACUCCUUGAGCACAAAUCACAGCUACCCUCAGAGUGGCCUCAGUAUCCUUCCCCGUUCGUCACCUGAGCUUCUCACCAUCAGCACUGUCCGAAUAUUGCUUCUUGCCUGCAACACUCUUCUAGGAUGAUAGAAAAACCAGGGGGAAAGAAUGGAGUGGGUGGAGUAGGGGAGAGGGGAGGACUGAGCUCAGUGGUCCAAGGACGUUAAUGUUCCAACUCCUCAUUUACGAGGGGGAGAGGUGCCUGGGGAAGAAGCUCUGGGCAGUCAGGCCCCGGCACCAGAGACCAGCCAGCCGAGACUGGAGAUUGGCGCCCCUCCCACAGCACAGAGAGCCCCGGGGUUAGCACACAUGGUCUCUUUGAACCAGAGAGACUUCAGGGCAUCUCAGCACAGAUCAGCUCCAGGUCCGAGGCAGGGUCAGAAGACGACGCGUGUGGGCUCCCGGGAGAAGCUUGUCGUUGCGGGAGAUGUUGGGGAGGUCCUGCUGUGGGGGGGAGCUGGCAAGUUUUGCUUUUCCUGGGUGUGCCCUGCACUUGGGCCAUACAAGCCAUGGCCCUUUGGGGUGAACUCUUCAGGAAAGCCCUGCUCUGCCGUGGUGGAGGGAGACUUCUUGGCUUUGGGAGCUGGCCUGGGGGCCUCUUCUCCGUGGCUGAGGCACCCCAGACUCAAGCUGCGGUGACACUCCGGGCUGGCGUGUAGGUCCUGGGCAUUGUGACCUCAGCUGUUCCGCACACAGAGAGGUGGUCAUCCUGCCCUCACCUUGGCCUGUAACCUGCAUAGGACAGUGGCCUGGUCACGGGGGCCCGUUGUGGGGAGGUUGAGAAGUCGAAGAACACUCUGGCCUCCUCCAUCAUGUCGGCCAAGAGGGCAGAGCUGAAGAAAACAAGCCCGGUAAGGGGAGACGCUGCUGGGCGCCCCGUGAGCCCCCGCUGAAUGGAGGUGGGGGGUGGGGAGGGAGGGAGAAUGCCCCAGCGAACCCGGGCUUUUCUCUCUCCUUCGAAGCAUGAUGUGGCCUCUCAGCCUGGAAGGAGGGUGGGGAACGAACCCCUCGUGCUGGAGUGGGAAGGACCCUUUAGGGACAAGGAGCACUGAAACGCCCCACCCACCCCGACCCCUCUGGGAGCCAUGACCUGGGCCAGGCCCACAUCUGACCUGCAUGUUUAAGAGCAAGAACUACAAGGCAGUUUGCCUGGAAUUGAAGCCAGAGCCGAUCAAAACAUAUGACUACAAAGGCGUUAAACAAGAAGGGCCAUUUACCAAACCAGGAGGGACAAAGGAGCUAAAGAAUGAACUCAGGGAGGUGAGGGAAGAGCUCAAGGAAAAAAUGGAGGAGAUAAAACAGAUAAAGGAUGUAAUGGACAAGGAUUUUGAUAAACUCCAGGAAUUCGUGGAGAUUAUGAAGGAAAUGCAAAAGGAUAUGGAUGAGAAGAUGGAUGUUUUAAUGAAUAUACAGAACAGCAAGCUUCCCCUUAGAAGAGGAAAGGAGCAGCAAGAACUCAGGCUGAUAGGAAAGACGGACACAGACCCACAGCUCCGUCUCAAGAAAAGGGAUGGAGCUGAGGGAGCACCGCUCGGUCUUCAAAAGAAGAUGAUGGCGCUGCAAAAACCGAAAAAGGACCCAGUGGAUUCCCUUCACCAGUGUGAGACCUGCUGUGACAGUUCUGCACCAGGCCUGGGCACCCUUUUCACCCUUGGCAUCUGGAUCUGCCUUCUGAUUUAUCUGUGCUUCAACUCCUGUUUGACGGAGGACAUGCUUCCCACCUAGAGCUGAGGCAGGACUGUGGGCAGCUCCGCUCCGGUUCACCUCCCCCGACUCCUUGAGCCUUGGACUCCGUGAGCUGCAAGGCUCGCUGCCCUCACGAAUACCACCCUGCCCCGGCUCCCUCCACCCGGAGAGGAAGAUCUUCCUUUAAAGCCAAAGUGGGAGUCAGCAUUAUGAAUAUCAGCCCCCAGCUUGAGUGUGCGGUGUCACUUCUUUUGGAUCAAAAUCAGCGUAUUUCAGACCCCAACCCUUCCUCGUGCUUCCUGAUGGUUUAGUGGAAAAUUCUUGGGGUCAUCCUUGGGGUCUUUCCCCUCCCCCUCCCCCCAUCGCCUCCUGACACUUCCCCCAGUUCUGCAAAAGUCCCAGGUCAAAAGGACUGGCCCUGAAGAUAUGAGAUGCCAUUCUGUGUGAUCCCAGAAUAUGUGUGUGUGUGUGUGUGCGCGCGUGUGUGUCCGGGGCGCCCAGUGUGUAGCCAGUACUGCUUCCCUCUGGGGUCUUGUCCCCAAGCAGGACUUGAGGCUCCGCUCCUUGUAUGAACUGGAUCCCUUUCUUGGAUUCUAAGGACCCAUCCUCCUUACCUUCUGGAAGGUUUCCUCACCCCUACCCCACCCCUCCUCAAAGAAGACCUAGCCCUUCAGAGACCUUUGAAGGUGGGGAUGAGCCAUUAACCGCCUACCACUCCACUCUGUCCGGCCCCAGAUCUCUCAACUGAGGAAGAUGAAGCUUGCCUGCUGGCUUGAAAUAAGAGCAAAGAUACAGGGAAAACCGUAUUUCAGCAAACCUCCCCGCCAUGGGUGUGGUUCAGUGAAGGAGGAAUUAAUGGGGUUCCAUAUUUUUUUCUCACCAGCUCUUUCUUGUUUCAUCUCUUUGCUAAGUUGGCUGCUUCAGCUUUUAGAUGGUCCAGCAAAUGACCAAGUUCUUUUUUUAUUUUUUAAAUUUUAUAUAUAUAUUUUAUUGAAGUGUAAUCAGUUUACAGUGUUGUGUCAAUUUCUGGUGUGCAGCACAAUGCUUCAGUCAUACAUAAGUUACUG